ACAGUUAGGUUAUGGUUAGGUGUGUGUGUGUUUAGUUGCAGUGUGUCUCGGUGUCUCGCGGGGAGAGGCCCCGGCUGUCCCAAACUCCAGGGGCCGCGCAUGCGCCGUGCGGCGGACUUUCCACAUCGAGGCUGUGAAGUGUCGGAAGUUUGUCGGAGCGAGGCCGAACAGAGGACACUGUGAGUGAACCAAAGAGUGUUUUAAAGGCAAAAAAAGUGUGUGAGGACGCGCGGGGAAAGUCUGCAGAGCAUCACGAAGGCCCGUCGAUGGGUUUGAGCCGCUUCCCGCUGGUUAAUCGGCGCAGACAGCAGCGUUAGCGGCGGCUGGAAGAAGUUGUAAUUGUUUUUUGGCGCUCAGCGGCGAAGAGGAAAGAUGGAGGAUCUGCGGCUGUAGCCGCGGCUAACGCUAGCUGCCCCAGCGUCUUGUCGGCCCCAAUCCGAGCUGCUGAGCGGCCCCCGAGGGCGUCCCGCGGUUUGGAUGCUCCCAUCGGACACGGCGAAGUAGCCCCAGCUGCUGUUCCUGUUUGACCCCUGACGGCUCUGAGGAUGGAAGCAGGGCUACCGGAGGCAGGAUCUAGACAUCAGAUGGUGCUCUGAAGAAGCCAUGGGUAGCUGCCUAAGCUGUCCAGAGAAAGAGUCGAUUCCAGAUAAUCAUCAGAGUAAAUUCAAGGUGAUCAAUGUGGACGACGAUGGGAACGAACUAGGCUCGGGAGUGAUGGAGCUGACCGACGCCGAGCUCGUCCUCCACACCCAUCGCCGGGAUGACGUCAGGUGGCCUUACCUGUGCCUGCGCCGCUACGGCUACGACUCUAACCUGUUCUCGUUCGAGAGCGGCCGCCGCUGCCAGACGGGCCAAGGUAUCUUUGCCUUCAAGUGUGCUCGCGCUGAGGAGAUCUUCAACAUGCUGCAGGAGGUGAUGCACAGCCACAGCAUCAGCGUGGUGGAGGAGGCUGUGCUGGAACCCAGCCACCAGGCGGCGCUCACGCCUGCAGCUCUCGGCUACUCGGUGCCGUCUGUGCCAAAUGGUGUCACGCGGAUCCCAUCUGUAGGCGAGGCGCCAUCUCACCCCUCCAGCCGUCACCCGUCAGUGGCGAGCACCCGGCUGCCGUCGGUGGGGGAGGAGUCCACGCACCCUCUGCUGGUGGCUGAUGAAGCGGUACACACCUACGUGAACACCACGGGGCUCCUGGAGGAGCAGCCAAGCCCGCUAACUGUCACCACUCCGCUGGAGAGCCCCACUUCUCCACAGUCUCAGUGUCCACCAACGCCUCCGCCCCCUCCGAGGGUCCGCGGGGAGCCGCCGCCACCACCGCCGCCUGCCCCGGCAGAGCCGCAGGUGUUGCUGGAGCCGCAGGGCGUGCGUUUUGUGCUAGGCCCCACGCCUGUUCAGAGGCAGCUGAUGGAGCGGCGGCAGAAGGAGCUGAAGGACGCCGCGGAGCACCAAGAGACUAACGGCCAUGGCGAGACGCCUGCCGAGCCUGAACCCGCCGCCACGCACUCCAACGGCUCGUCGGCUCCUCGCCGCCACCGCCCGCCCCCCCUCACCCCCGACCUGCAGAAUGUCAAUAACUCGGCCCAGCGGCGCACGGCCCUGCUGGACUACGAGAACCUGCCGGCGCUGCCGCCCGUGUGGGAGGCGAGGAAGCCGAGCUCCGAGGACGAGGAGAAAAGCUGUGGUGGCUCCAAAACGCCGUCUCUCAAUGGCUACAACCACCACGCCCACCACCACCUGCACCACUCCUACUCCCACCCGUUGUCCGCUGCGCUCGAGUCCUCGCACAACUACGUCAACACAGAGAACGUCACGGCGCCGCUCAGCGCCCACCGGCCUGACACGGCCCGCCGCCGUGCCGAUGGGCCCACCAUCUUCAACUUUGACUUCCGCCGGCCGCUGGUGUCGGGCCAUGGUGAGCCGCCCAAGACGCUCAACUACAUUGAGGUGGAGAUGGACGGCGGGGCCGGGAACAAAGGCGCCUCAGACGGGAGCAAUCCCCACACGCCGCGCACCCCCUCCUCACCAUUGCCCCCCACCACCCCCACCCGUCGCACCGAACUCUAUGCCCUCAUUGACAUCGAGCGCACCGCUGCCAUGUCCAACUUACAGAAGGCGCGGCCGCGGGAUGACGGUACAUCACGGAAGACGAGACACAACAGCACGGAGCUGCCCACCAAGAGCACGGCGUGACCUUCCCCAGUUCUUACUCUGGGCUCCACGCCGAGCCGAACACGGACUCCAUGAGCCGGACACUUCCUGCAGACGGACUGAUGAUGACAUCUGCUGGAGGCGGCGAGCUGAUGAUGUAAUAGACUUCCUUAUAUGGUACAAAUCAGUAUUACUGAACAAAGCAUUCCAUUUAGCCUUUUAUACGAGUCACUACGUGCUGCUGUAAGUCACUUAUGUUCUACAUGUACAGUAGAUGUGCCACAAUAAAAGUCUGGUUUUAUUUCUACUGCAGAGCCUG